GCUCUUUUAGCUUUGAAAUUAAGUUAUUUUAUUAAAGUGUAAAUAAAUACAAACAAUUAAAAGUAAAAAAAAGAAUAAGCAAAAAAAUAAAUUAAUUAAUGAAAGUCUGCCGAUUAUUUGAUAAAAGUGCUGCUGAUACUAUUGCGAAGGUCUGCUUAGCUUAUAUAUUUUGUUUUGUUACUUACUGCUUUUACUUAUAUUCUCAGAGCGGGCUUCUUUAAAAAGUAUCUUAGUCUCACCCGAUUCUUACUACAAUAUUGAUAUUUUAUGCUUGCAUAGUAUUAAAUUGGGCAGCUAUGAAAAAAAAACACAUCGGAUUGGGAGUGCUUGCUAUAAUUUCCAAUGCCUUUUGUAUUUUUAUAAUUGGAAAAGCGAAACAGUUUGUAAUUCAUUACUUCGAUUUAUCUAAAGGGUGUGAAAGAUUGGCUAAUGCCAAUCCUAUUUUCUAAUUACUAAUUGACCAAAAUUACGAUAAAUAUUUUAAUGAAACCUCUAAAGUGUUGUGCUCUAAAGAAUGUCCCUGUAAAUGGAACAAUAAGACAGAUGUCUAUUAUGAUUUUAAGCACAAAUUUAUAAUUAAUAAAUAUGAUGGUGCUAAAUCUGCUUAAGAAUGUCCUGAUUACUUGUCUGAUACAGAUAAAAAUUAAUAAAAAUUAUCUUAUUUAUAUGACAUGAUUAAUUUAGAGCUAUAUGGGUGCUCAGGGUAUUGUAAAAAGCAAGAUAUCUAUUCAGUCACCGAUAUAAAUCAUGGAAAACCAUAACGAAACUGCUUUGAUAUACACAGAUAACUAUAAAUGGAAACCUAUAAGUUGCUUUUUUUUGGUAUUAAAUCUAUACCCAUAACUCUUAUAAUAUUAAUACCAAGUAUAUGCUCUUUAUUUUACAAAUAAAAAAGCCAAGAAACUUAAAAUAUAAAAGAACAACAAGAUAUGAAAAAGGGCAUUAAUGCAAAUAAAUCUUUGAUUUGUUCUUGAAAAUAUGUCGAUGUUCUUAAAAAAAUUAAUCUUUUCUUUCUUUUUACUCUGAAUUUAAAAACUCCUCUUUUUAUAAUUUUGCAUUGUUGGAAAAUUUAAAUUAGAAAGAAAGAAAGAAAUUGUAUUUUUGAUAACUGAAUAAAUAAUUGAGGUAAAUUAGACAAAACUCUAACAACAAGAGAGGAAGGAAGACAAAAUAUUAACUAUUUGAUUAACAAAAUAUUGUAAUUUAAUUAUUUAUUAAUUUACCGGAUCUAAAUAUGAUUAAGGUUGAAAUGGUAAUUAAUUAAUUAAUUAAUUAUCUAUCUCUGCUUAUAUUAAUUCAAAUUUUUAUUGUAAAAUAAAUUAAUUCAUUUUAAACAAAUUAUUAUAAUUUUUUAUAAAUUUUUGGUCUAUAAAGUAGCUUAAUUUAAAAAAUACAUAUAUUUUUUAUAUCAGUUUUAUUAGCUAUUUUUAAUUAUCAC